GGCGUGACCUUGUUGCCCCCCCCCAGACCCCCAGCUCCCAAACGUCCCAAAGGCGCUCCUCAGGGCAGGCCAAGAGCGAGGCGGAACUACACUCCACAGCAAGACCGACCGCUCUCCCUUCCCUUCUCGCCAGCUGCUCCCAGAAGCAGUGAUCUUCCCCCUGCCCUCAACCACACCCCUCCGCCAUGACAGUCCUCCUCCGAGCAGCAGCCCUGCGCUGCCGCAACCCCACCCUCACACCCACCCUUACCCGCACGCUCGCCUCCGCCGCCUCCGCCGCCGGACCCCACAAACGCACAGCUCUCUACGACUUCCACGUGCAGAACGGUGGCAAGAUGGUCGAGUUUGCCGGAUGGGAUAUGCCCGUGCAGUAUGAGGGAUUGGGUGUGCUUCAGAGCCAUCUGUGGACGAGGCAGAAGGCGUCGCUCUUUGAUGUUUCGCAUAUGUUGCAGACUAGAUGGGAAGGCAAAGACCGGAUCAAAUUCAUCGAAUCCCUCAUCGUCGGCGACAUCGCCUCCCUCCCCAUCGGCUCCUCCACCCUCUCCCUCUUCACCAACACCCAGGGCGGCAUCAUCGACGACACCGUCGUCAACAAGCAAGACGACACCGGCCUCUACGUCGUCUCCAACGCCGGAUGCGCCGACAAGGAUCUCGCGCACAUUCGCGCCCAUCUGAAAGAUUUCCAAAAUAAAGGCGGUGAUGUGGACGUGAAGGUGCUGGAGGACGCGUCGCUGGUGGCGUUGCAAGGGCCCGAGGCUGUCAAGGUUGUGGAGGAGUUUACGGGCAAAGAUCUGAAGGAUUUCGGGUUCAUGACGGGACGGAGGAUGGAGAUCAAGGGGAUCGAAGUCUAUAUCUCCAGGUGUGGAUAUACGGGCGAGGAUGGGUUUGAGAUCUCCGUCCCCCACAAAGACGCCCCCACCCUCUCCCACCACUUCCUCUCCCACCCCUCCGUCGAGCUCGCGGGCCUCGGCGCCCGGGACUCCCUCCGCCUCGAAGCCGGGCUCUGUCUCUACGGCCACGACCUCAACGACACCACCACCCCCGUCGAGGCCGCGCUGACGUGGACGAUCGGAAAACGACGACGCGCCGAGGGCGGCUUUGUGGGCGCCGACGUGAUCCUGCCGCAGGUUGGCAAGGCCGUGCCGCGGAGACGCGUCGGGCUGGUCGUGGAGGGGGCGCCGGCGCGGGAGGGGGUCGAGGUGUGGGACAAGGAAGGCAAAACACUCAUCGGCACAGUAACCUCCGGCUGCCCGUCGCCCGUCCUCAAGAAGAACAUUGCGAUGGCGUACGUGAAGAACGGACACCAUAAAGCGGGCACCGAGCUGCAGGUCAAGGUCCGCAACAAGUUCCGCAGGGCCGUCGUCGAGAAGAUGCCGUUUGUGCCGCAGCAGUAUUACCGAGGCGCGUGAGACUGUGACACGGCGUAUGGGGUUUCCUGGGCGCGGUCCGUUCCUUCGGACCCCCGCAACAUGCAGGCUAGACAACAAACACCAACCAGAAUAGAAGAUUGAAAUGACAACGGAAAACCGGACCGGCGAGAAAACCUG